AUGAAUUUCAACAUACCCGUUUUGCAAAACUAUUAUGAUCCGCUUUAUCUUGAUCACGGUGCCUUCAUGCAGUUCAUCUCACCCAGAAACUCAUCCUCAAUUGUGCGUUCCGCCUCUCAUGGCCCUUUCCAUUUUGGGUUCACAGCUCAGUGCCCGGUUCAUACUUCGUGGCCUCAAUACCCAUAUCUAGAUAUGUCCCAUGAAACAGAACAUCGAAACAAAAACUCCAUUUUCCAAUUUAUCCCCUCCUUUCCUUUUGCCCCCAUCGCCAGUGUAAGCGGUGAGGUUGCGCUCUCUCCUCGAAAAAAGAUACCUAGUUUUAUCCGGACCAUCGUCGACUGUACUUUCCCUGCCUCCACGCCUCAGUUCCAAGAACCUCGUUGUUCGUCGACUUCACAAGCCCUGUUUCCGUCUUCCAACACGAAAAUCACCAUUUCAAUCACCUGUCUCUUCGCCACAUCAGGUUCUGAGUUUCUUCCACCAACGCUCCUCCUCACCUUCCUGCAAGAAACGCCAGGUGCCCAAGACUGA